UACCACUGUGAUGCUUUGUUCAUGAAGAAGAAUAGAUGGCGGAUGUAAACACAGGUAACGCGAUAAGACCUAUUCCCAAGGACUGUAGAUGGCUUUGUGUUACCCUGUUAAACUUUAAAUAUUUAAAGUUUUUCAACAGACGUACUUAAAAUAUGUCGCGGCUUCCCUCAUUCUUCUGCUACAUGUACAAUAAUUUACGGAGUCGAGUUACGUGGAGGGGGAACUCUCUAGGCGUCCCCUACCCGCCUCCAGCUGGCCUCACAUGGGUCGUGGUGGCCGGCAAGAAGGACCUGAUCGACUUCCCCGUCUUGGAUGAAGGCGAGCUGGAGGAGCAGUUUGUCAGAGGCUCUGGACCUGGUGGACAGGCCACCAACAAAACCAGCAACUGCGUGGUACUCAAGCACAUCCCUUCCGGGCUUGUGGUGAAGUGUCAUCAAACCAGAUCGGUGGACAUCAAUCGAAAGCGGGCCCGGGAAAUCAUGCAAGAGAAACUGGAUGUUUUUCACAAAGGCUCGCAAAGCGAAGUCCUCUUAAGGAAGAGAGCGUCUGAAGCGAAGAAGCAAGAGAAACGGAGAAAAGCCAAUGAGAACCUGGAGAGGAAAAGACUGUUUAAAGGUGCCCUGCUUGCUGAGGCCAAGCCCGGGAAUGACACUCUUUAAAAUCCAUUGGAAUAAUAUGAAUGAAAACAUAAGCAUUUGGGUCAUUUUAUGUGUGCAAAUGCUGGCUAAAAAUAACUUUCACUCCCGAGGCCCCUUUUAAAAUGAAGUCCCAAAAUGGUGUCUUUCAUAAGAGCAUUCAAUCUUUUGUACAACUUCAGCCCAAACAGAACAUGAGGAUGAUGAGCUCAUCAGUUCUAGCAGGGUUGCUAAAGACAAAUACCUAUUAUCUACAUUCAUUUUUAAAUAAAACAAUAUAACGUAAUAAUCCUGGCCGUGUUUCAUACAAUUAAUCCGACGUGCCUGUUUGGUGGAUAAGGAUUUUUAUUAUUUAUAUUUUUUAGCCUACGUGAAUUUAAAUGAGAAAAAUAAAGCCUUUAAUGUGAGCAUAAUGGUGUCCCUUUAAAUAUUGCUGCAUACUGCAUGGGAAACCAGUGCGUGACCCUUUUUGUGGUUCCGAGUAUGAGUGAUU